UGGACGUCGCUAGGGGUCAUCAGAGGUUCACACCCCCGCGAGGACUUUUCCCAAAACAUUCCGCCUCUACGUCACCAGCUCCCGCCCCGCUCCGCCUCGUGCCACAACGACUCCGGCUUGUCAGCUGCACGAGACGUGCGGCAUCUCGUCUCAACCUAUGAAAACUGUCAGUCAACGCUAACGUCUAGCUCCUCUCGCUUUAAACUUAAACGUAUCUUCGCCGAAUAGUGAAGAGCCGGAGCCUGGUUCUAACAGCGGGAACAGAGCCCUGUCACGCCUGCGUGUGUGAGAGUGUGUGCGCCUCCCCGGCGGCUGGCGCCCUUUGUAACUGAAGUAGUGAAUGGCCCAGGCAGAAAGAAAUGAGCUGGGCUGAGGAGGACUGGACAGUAGGGCUGUCUGGACGGGUCCUGCAAAAGGUGAAGGAGCUGCAAAUCCAUCAUGAACGGCUGUCCAGGGAAAACAAGCAGAAACAGCUGCAGCUGGACAACAUCCAUACAAGCCUUGAGAAGCAAACUGUGAAAUAUGAGGAGGUACGUGUGGAGCUGCAGUCGGUGCAGCGAGAGCUCCAAAACGUUCGGGAUGAGGCCACAACAGCGGUGACGAGCAGGGACCGUCUUACGCAGGAGCUUCAGACUAAGCAGGCCCAAGUUUGCUCUUUGGAGGGCCAGCUAGAUGCUGCUCGUACCCUCAACAACAAACUCGCCCAGGAAAUCAAAAGGCUGGAAGCCGAGCUAGAGAAGCUGCAGAACAGCAUCAGGUCACCAGAUACCUCUCUGUUUUCUACUCCCUGCUGGAAUACAGGCUCGCCCUGGGAACACAAUGGGAGCCGACAGGAAGAGAAACAGGGGCACAGAGAUGAAGGGCAGAGCCGGGCUCCUCACAUCCGACAGCGGCUUCAGUUCUCUGAGAUACCCACACCUUCAUUGCCACAACAACAACACAAGAGCACACGCCACAGCCACUCACCCGUCCAAUCGGACACCUUCUCCACUCCCUUGGGUGUGUUUCCAUGGGAACGGGAUGACACAAAACCUGCAGCAAGGAGGCGACCUCCGCCCUCUCCCUCUUUGAUGCCGUCCUCUGAUGUCACAAAUCAUCUGUCAGAGCAGGGGGGUUAUGGGAAGGACCGCAGGACAGAGACAGACAUGUCGCCUCAAAGUCAAAGCCGUAUGUCUUCUCUGGAAGAGGAGUUGCUGGUGAAGGACAGGACGUUGAAGUCCAUACAGAACGAAAUGGCGCAAACCAAGAAGGAGCUGGCCGCCAAGGAGCUCAGCCUGCAGAAAGUCUCCAAUGAGCUUAGCCUGGCACAGACACGUAUGGCCCAGGACAGUGAACGGGCGUCGGGAGCUGAGCAAAGACUGAAGCAACUACAAGAGGAGCUUAAGUGUCAGAGGCAAAAUGCAGAAAGCAGCAGACUGCAACACCAACAGCGUACCAAAGAGCUGGAGAAACAACAUCAGAGGGUGAGAUGA